AUGUCUUCUGAAUUGAUUUGGGACGCUACUGGAUCGGAUCUGAAGGGUCGUUUCUCUCCCGAGCUGUACAAUCAGCUGGAUGCCAUUUUCAAGCCUAACAACGUGGCUCUGAUCGGAGCUUCGGAGCGUGCUGGAAGCGUGAGCAGAACCAUUCUGCUGAACCUUCUGCUGACCCCCUUCGGAGGAGGUGUGUUCCCCGUAAACCCCACUCGUAGCAAGGUGCUUGGAAUCAAGGCCUACAAGACGAUUGGAGACGUUCCGGAGCAAGUUGAUCUUGCUGUGAUCUGCAUUCCCGCCAAGCGUGUCUUGGGCGCUGUUCAUGAGUGCGGAGAGGCUGGAGUUCGCGGAAUCAUUAUCAUUUCUGCCGGUUUCAAGGAGGUCGGAAAGGAGGGAGCUGCUCUGGAGAAGGCGUGCGUGGAGGAGGCCCACAAGUACGGCAUGCGCAUCAUCGGUCCCAACUGCCUGGGAGCCAUGGUGCCCAUCACCGGUCUGAACGCUUCGUUCGCCAGCACGAUGGCUCUGAAGGGAGAGGUCGCCUUCAUCAGCCAGAGCGGAGCUCUGAUGUGCGCCAUGCUGGACUGGUCGCUGAAGGAGGGUCUCGGCUUCUCGGCGUUCGUGUCGAUCGGUUCAAUGGCGGACGUCAACUGGGGCGACCUGAUCUACUACUUCGGCAACGACCCGAACACCAAGGCGAUCAUGAUCUACAUGGAGACGAUCGGCGACGCCCGCUCCUUCCUGUCUGCGGCGCGUGAGGUGGCUCUGCGCAAGCCCAUCGUGGUGAUCAAGCCGGGCCGCACUGCCGCCGCCGCCGCUGCGGCUGCCUCGCACACGGGCUCUCUGACGGGUUCGGACGACGUGCUGACGGCCGCGUUCAAGAAGGCGGGCGUGGUGCGUGUGGAUACCAUCGACGAGCUGCUGAACAUGGCUGCGGCUCUGGACAAGCAGCCCCUGGCGGCGGGUCCGCGCAUGACGGUGAUCACGAACGCUGGAGGCCCGGGUGUGAUCACGACCGAUGAGAUCGUGACGGGCGGAGGCCAGCUGGCGAAGGUGUCCCCGGAGGCGAUGGAGCAGUACAACUCGUUCCUGCCCGCGGCGUGGUCGCACAGCAACCCUGUGGACGUGCUGGGCGAUGCGCCCCCAGAAAUGUACGCGAAGGCGCUGAAGGUGGCCGGUGAUGACCACGAGAGCGACGGCAUGCUGGUGAUCCUGACGCCGCAGUCGGUGACGAAGCCGACGGAGACGGCCGUGGAGCUGGCGAAGUACGCGCACAUCGAGGGCAAGCCCGUGCUGGCGUCGUGGAUGGGCGGCAACGACCUGGAGAAGGGUCGCCAGAUCCUGCGCGAGGCGGGCAUUCCGGUGUUCGAGUCUCCGGACACGGCGGCGAAGAUCUUCAACUUCUGCUGGGAGUACAGCAGCCAUCUGAACGAGCUGUACGAGGUGCCCAAGGCGCCGCUGCACAGCGCGGACCCCUCGGAGGCGCAGAAGAUCAUCGAGAAGGCGCUGGCGGAGGGCCGCAACCUGCUGACGGAGAACGAGUCGAAGCAGCUGCUGGCGAGCUACGGAAUCCCCGUGGUGCAGACGGUGGUGUGCGAGACCGUGGAGAAGGCCGUGGAGACCGCGGAGGGCAUGAAGUACCCCGUGGUGGUGAAGCUGAACUCGGAGACGAUCACGCACAAGUCCGACGUGGGCGGCGUGCAGCUGAACAUCCGCGAUAAGGAGGGCGUGGUGACCGCGUGGAACACGAUCCGCAACAAUUUGGAGAAGCUGGGCAAGCUGGACGGCUUCCAGGGCGUGACGGUGCAGCGCCAGCUGAACCUGAGCGACGGCUACGAGCUGAUCUUCGGCUGCAAUCUGGACAACCAGGUGGGUCCGGUGAUCGUCUUCGGAACCGGAGGCACGCUGGUGGAGGUGUACAAGGACUCGAACAUGGCGCUGCCGCCACUGAACACGGCGCAGGCUCGCCACUGCAUGAGCAAGACCAAGAUCUACAAGGCUCUGAAGGGAGUGCGCGGCAAGGCGCCCUGCGAUCUGGACCUGCUGGACCAGGUGUUCGUCCGCUUCUCCGAGCUGAUCUCCGACCAGCACUGGAUCAAGGAGCUGGACAUCAACCCCAUGCUGGCCACGCCCACCGACAUCAUCGCGCUGGACGCCCGUGUGGUGCUCCACGCGCCCGGCACCCCCGUGGAGAAGCUGUCCUACACGGCCGUGCGCGGCUACCCGCACCAGUACGUGAGCUCCGUGGAGGUGGACGGCAAGGAGCUGGCGGUGCGCCCCAUCCGCGCUGACGACGAGCCCAAGAUGGCGGAGUUCGAGCAGGCGCUGAGCGAGGCGACCGUGGCUGCGUACAUGGGCGAGGCGGUGUCCGUGGAGACCCGCACCAGCCACAAGCGACUCAUCCCCGUGUGCCACGUGGAUUACGACCGCCAGGUGCCGCUGAUCGUGCUGGAGGGAGAGAAGGUCGUGGCGCUGGCCCGUGUGGCGAAGGUCCCGCUGACGGAGCGCGCCACGCUGCAGCUGGAAGUGGCCGACGCCUACCAGAAGAAGGGUCUGGGCAAGAAGCUGGUGGCCAAGUGCGUGGAGGCCGCGCAGAAGGAGGGCGUCAAGGAACUGGUGAUGAAGUACUUCGAGGAGAACGAGGCGAUGAAGAAGCUGGCCGCCGCCUUCGAGUUCGAGGUGGCUGUGAAGGACGGUGUGGUGUCUGCGAGCAAGAAGUUGUAAGUGGAGCAGGAAGAUCGCGAUUGCAAGGCGAGUGUUUUAGUGAAAAACAGCU